AUGGCACCCUCUCCUCAGCAUCCAGAUCCUCCACGUCUCGGUACGGUUCUGAGUCGCAGGAACUGGGAGGAGCGAAGACCCAAUUCAACCAUCUCAUCUGUCGUUAGCCAUGGCUCGGCUGGUGAUGGUACGCGUGGCUCCUUUGAUCCUGAAAAUGAAGCCCUUGUAUCCACCGGACUUCUAAAUAACUCACCUCCAAAGGACAAUCACGAGAGUCCCAAGAAUAAAGCAUACCAGAUUGACAUGAAAGCCGCGAAAGCUGCCUUUUCCGAAGGCUCUGAAAGUGGCUCUGACGCAGCUGAUAUCAGCAUAGAGAUUGGUAGAGGAGGCAGACAUGGGCGCGACGCAAUGGAAGACUCAAGGAAUGAUGAUAGCAUUCACUCUUCCAAUGCCAUGAUCGGUGAAUACAGGGUCAUGUACUCUCCACCACUCUCUACACAUCGACGUGCAUCAAGGACGAGCAAUAACGACCAAGCUCGUAAUCUUCGUCAAGACGCGCAGAUCAGACUUGCGAGCAUGGCUUCGCAGAAAGAGAAUCGUGAUCCAGCAUCGGUACCAUUCAAGUCAUUUAAGUCUUCUGAUGUGUCGUCCAAAGCCAAGAGAAAGACACUAGGGGAAAUCAAUGCCCGAGCAUCAGAGAUGUAUGAUGGAUCACUCCUGAACGACGAUCGACCUACUCAGCCUGCACCCAUCACUAAGACUACGCGAUUUAGUCAUUCGAAGCGUGAUCCAUCGAAUCAGCUUCGUGCCAACAGCACCAAUACUGCAACCGACAUGGCAGAUGUCAACCAGUCAUACGCUCUGCCAGAUCUUCCCAACCUAUCCCAGUUGAUGUCAGGAACAAUUCAGGAUAGGACUCCAGGGAGAAUUCGUCUCGCCUCCCAUCCGGCUCUCGCGCAAACACCACGAGCUCCUUUUCAUAAAGCAAUUGAUACAGUGCCAAUUCCUGAUGAUGAGAAGGCCAUCUUUGUAUCCUUGAACUUUCUGCAAGGGAAAGUCAAGGAUUUAGAGGCGGCCACUAGGGAAUUUCAGAAAACUAUUGAAGAACUCAAAACGAAGAAUUUGGUUCUCAAAGCGGAGAAAAGAGAUUUGAAGGUGGAUAAUGACAGGUUGCGCAAGGAGAAUGUGGAGCUGCGCACGGGAUAUGCGCAAUUUCUCGAAUCUCGUCAACACGAGCAACAUCAUCAAGAGCAGAUUUCCCCACAGAAGCGACGACAUACAAAUGUCUCUGUCCAAGUCAACAACGAGGUAUCCAAGAUAGUCAAGGAGCGCCAGGAAGAAGACCUAUUCUCCCUGACACCAACCGAGUCUGUCAAGAUCCGACCAAUGUCGGCACCACCACCACAGAGACACGAGAGUGCUGUUAAGAGUAGCUCUAUCCUUCAUAGAUCAGAUUCACAGAAAUACGCAGUUUCCGGCAAUGCAAGACAUAGCAAGAAAGUCGUGAUUGAGGAGACAACUACCAGAAGUGGUAACAAUGACCGCCAAAAUAUGGCACGAGAUCAGACGCGGACUCAGGAUGUCACCUAUCUGAGCACCCAACCUGUACCACAAUAUCUUUUGGAUCUUCGAAACAUGGUCGAAGCGGAGAGGGUUGACGCAAAGAAGCGCAAGCAUGGCAAAGAAAAUCAUGGAGCGACCAGCUCUGCCAGUCAUAGGUUGCAUGAAAUGACAGCAGCAUCAACAACCACAGAUCAACCAACGCUUCCGCGAAAAUCUUCCAUGAAAGAUGUCAGCCGACGGGACUUCAACUCUGAGUCUGCUGCUGCAGUCCUUGCUAGAGUCCGAGCAGAGAAGGAGAGCAUGUCCCAGCAGGCUUACGACCAGGAUAUUUCCGAAGACAUUACAGACCAAGCCUCAUGUCCUCUGUCACAGACUGCUCGUCGUAACUCAGAUCCAAACUCCACCGCCGCAUCCAAUACUUCCCGCCGCCGCCGUCGAACGACAGUCUUUGAACACGAAAACAUGACCUCGGGCUUCAUCAUCCCAGACAUCACUAUCGCCCAGCCAACAUCAACAGCCGCAGCCGCCGGAGCAACAACCUCUCAAGCACCGGAAGUGAACAUCCACCUCACCGACGCAGCCCAACACGUCAUCCACAGCGUCAACCCCCACGACGCCGUAAACUGUAUCGUCUGCUCCCGUCUCACCUCCACGACCACCAAUCACAGCAACGCCAACUGCGGCGCCGAGAAAAAGACCAUCGUAGUCCCCAAACCUAUCCCCGUCUCUGACACCCCCGUCUCCCCAACCAGCGAUAACCCCGACCCGACUCUCCGACCUGCACAGCCCCCCGGCGUUGCCCUGGCAAUCGUCCUCAAAGAGUUGCACGAUCAGCAUGAGCAUCUGAAAGCGAGGUUGGCGACGGCGCAGGCGAAGUAUCAGCAGACAGACCCGAGGCUGAGUCGUGCGAAGAGGGGGAGGUUGAGUAGCGAGAUUGAGAAGUUGCAGGGCCAGUGUGAUCGGUUGGCGGAUAUGAUUUAUAGGCUGUAUGACGUCGUGGAGGGACAGAGAGGGAGUGGGUUGGAGAUGAGUGAGGAAGAGGUGGAGGUUACGGUGAUUGGGCUGAGGGAGGUGUUGGGGAGGAUGGGAAAGGAGGACGAUGGUGGAAGUGAUGAUGGCAGUGAGGGUGAUGCUGUGGAAGGGACGGAGUAA